AUGUCCUUUUGACGUAUUUAUUUAUUCAUUUUAUGGCGUAGACUUGACCUGACUCAAAACUAAUUAUUUGAUAUAGAAAACUAACUUCAGUGUUCUAUAUUAUUCUCUAUAGUGUAUUCCAGGAAAUAUACAACCGUUUUCAUGUUACAGCCAUUAUAUAUGGUGAACAAUGGCCAAAACUAAAGUUACAGGCGCUACUAGUAGACUGAAGCAGGAUUACCUCAGACUAAAAAACGACCCUGUUCCAUAUGUGACUGCAGAACCAGUACCCUCAAAUAUUUUAGAAUGGCAUUACGUUGUGAAAGGGCCAGAGAAGAGUCCUUACGAAGGAGGUUAUUACCACGGAAAAAUUAUAUUUCCGAGAGAGUUUCCCUUUAAACCACCGUCUAUUUACAUGAUUACGCCGAACGGUAGGUUUAAAACGAACACAAGACUGUGCCUUAGUAUAACUGAUUUUCAUCCAGAUACAUGGAAUCCAGCCUGGUCUAUUUCCACCAUAUUGACAGGAUUACUCAGCUUCAUGUUGGAAAAGACACCAACACUGGGAUCAAUAGAGACUUCAGACUAUCAAAAGCGAUGUUUGGCAGCUGAGUCUUUGGAGAUAAAUUUGAAAAAUAAGAUGUUUUGCGAGUUGUUUCCUGAAUAUGUGGAAGAGAUAGAACAGUUGUUGAAACAGCGACAAGAGGCUAUGCUCCAAUCUGAUAACACCAAUAUCAAUAGUGAAAGUGAUGUGACUACAGAACAGCCAUCCAGCAUGUAUUACAUUAUGAAUAAUUUGUUUGUGUUAGUUGGCUUUAUUUUUUUGGCAUAUAUGGUUAAAUAUGUUUUAGUUUCAAUAUCUAAUGAUUAGGCAAUGUUACUCUGUUGUUUAAUGUACAUAUUGUAAUUUAUUUUGUAAAUAUAUAUUCCAUUAGAUGCAAAUAAUGUUAAUUUAUUUUGGUAUAUGUUUGCAACUCUGUUUUAUUUCAAAAUAAUUAUGUUUUUACACUUUUUAAAAUUUCAUUAAAUUAAAAUGGUGCUUAAUAAUAUUUAUAGCUCUUAUUUUUUGAUUUGAUAAUAAGAAUGAAAAUUUGUAAUUAAUAUAUGAUGUAAAUCCACAAUAAAUAGAAAUGGCAUAGAACAAUUGUUUGCAUACUUAUAUAUCUUAACUCUCACUAUGAAGUGAAAGUGCUAUUUUCAAUUUAAAUUGUCAAUGUACUGAGAUGCAACAUUAUACCAAAAUAUUGACACAUCACACAUAGUGUGGAAUAGACUAGUUGAAUCUUAGAUAAAUAACUAUAUUCUAUAUUGUUAUUUAUUCAAGAAUUAAACUUAUUUGCUAUUUCUUUAUCUCUAAAUUGAAAAUAUAGAAUUUACUUAAAAACAAUUCCAAUAUUAUAUAUUAUAACCAUAAUAUAUAUUUUAACCAUAGUACUUUGUAUUGAAAUGACAUUGCUAAAACGAAGGUAGGUGUAGUCAUAUAUAAUUAAGGAAUUUCCAAAACAUUUUAAAUUGUAGAUUGAAAUUUUAAGUGCAGUAUUAUAUGAUCAAUGUACAUUUUUUUAACCAAUUUUGUUUAAUUCUGGAUAAAAAAAUUGAAUUGACUAAAGGUUUAAUGUGGCAGGUAGUGCUUUUGUACCACUGGGAAUGCUUGAAAGAAUGAAAAAUGUAAUCACUUCAUACAGAUCUCUGUAUUAAUGGUUUGAAAUAAGGAAAAUAAAUCUAAUUUGAAAUUGUAAGAUGCUGUAGCAUAUUAUUUUGCAUAAAUUUAACUUCCCAAUUGAUUUUUAAUGGUGGGCCAGUAUUUCUAAAUAACUUAGGAUUGUAUAUUGACAUUGUCAUGUGGUUUACAAUACAUUUUAAGAACUAAGCAAUCUAUUUGAUUGUGUGAUGUUAUUAUUAAUCAUAUUGAAGUGUGGUAAUUUUCUGACAAUUUUCAAUAUUCCUGGGUAGUUACUAAUUUAUAUUAUUCCCAAAAACUUUUUAUCAUUCAAAUUUUCAUUAAUAGAUUCGUAAGAAUCUUAUUAAUUAUCUGUAAAUGUAACUAAUUAAAGUUUCAGUUCCCUAUUAGAGUAUUUAUUAUUCUAUAACAAUCUUUGUACUGGAUUUAAAUGUUUUGUAUAAGCUGAAAAUAUAAUUUUCAUGUAGUAACGUUUGUAACCUGCAAGAGAGCUAGAUUUGAGGAAAAUCAUAGUAUUAUUGUACCUAUCACCAAGGGUUUAUCUUCAUGUUGGACAUUAGAUUAACUUCAUACUUUAUAUGUGCUUAUCCAGCAAAUUUGAAAAUUAUUCAGGCAUUUGGUAUCAAAUGUAACUUUCAAAUAAAUGGAUAUAUUUCUAUUAAAAUGUAACUUAAAUUAUGUAUAAAAAGUUUCCUAACAUUACUUAAUUUUUUAAGUAUUGCAUUUAUACAUAUUAACACCUAAUUAUUUUAAAUUCACUACUUAUAUAGAUGCAUAUUAGCAACUUUGUGACUAUUAUUGUAGAGCAUUUGAUUUUACAUAAUGAAGUUAUAAGUUUCAAUAUUAUGGGUAAGUACAUACAUAGGUACUUCACAUUUUACCUAUUCUGAUAAUAUGUACAAUAUAUUUGUUUUGUUGUACUUGACAUAUUUACUUAAUAAAACAAACUUAGCAUAUCUUUUUUUCGAAGUUGGCUAUAAAAAUUAUUGUUUUUAACAGAAAAAAAAAUUCAGACAAUAAAAUAGAAAUGAACAAAGGUUUAAAACCUUUUUAUUCUAGCUAUUUGUAAGACUUAAAAUUUGUUUAAUAAAUAUGUUAAGUAUAUACCUAAUGUACUUGCCUACAAUUUGUUUUGAUAUUACGCUUACAUAGUAAAUGGUUAACAUUGAAGUAAAUUUAAAAAAAUAACUUAUUUGGUCAUGUUUAAACUUGAGAUUGUUCAGUGGAUUGAAUUUAUUUUCACAUAUUAGCAUUUGUCACAAAGUAAAUGGGUGAACAUUAGAUGUAUUGCCUAGCUACAAACACUACCACAGAUAUGUAGUUAUUAGUACUACACUGUACCUUAUUAUAUCUGUAAAGCAAUUUGUUUAAACUGCAAGUAAAGUGUAUUUUUAUAUUGA